AUGUCUGUCACCGUGACGAUUCCUGAAGACUUCAAAUAUGUUGGCGCCUCACUCUUCCUGACUGCAGUGCUGCUACAGGGCCUCGCCUCAACUGUAGGGAGGUACCGAAAACUCGCAAAGAUUGAGUAUCCUCAAAUGUAUGCCGAGAAAAAGGAAAUGGAGGAGUCAAGAGAGGCUCUUCUCUUCAAUUGUGCACAACGUGCCCACCAUAACGCGAUUGAAUAUGUGCACAUUGCAUAUGUCACGACAAUAAUAAGCGGGCUUCGCUUUCCCAUCCCAUCCGCGAUUGCCUGCGCUUUUUGGUGCGUGUCGCGAGUCUCUUAUGCACGUGGAUACCUCACUGGAGACCCGAAAAAGGUGUGUGGUGGCACUACCUUUGAAGAUGUCUUGACUAAUUUGUUCGUUUCACUAAGCGCGGUACCAUCAUCUACUACCUAG